AGAAGCUAGUUGUCUUUAAAAGCUUUAUGAAAAUGAGUUUGUUUUUGCCCAAAUUAACGUGCAAAAAAGACAUAGAUGAAGUGAUUAAAGGCGUAGCAGAAAAAGUCGUAGUUUUGAGGUUUGGAAGAGACGAAGACUCAGUUUGCCUCCAGCUGGAUGAGAUUCUGUCAAAAACUGCUCACGACUUGAGCAACAUGGCCUCGAUCUACAUCGUGGAUGUGGAUAAAGCGCCCAUCUACACCCGAUACUUUGACAUCAGUUACAUCCCUUCCACUGUCUUCUUCUUCAAUGGGCAGCACAUGAAGGUGGACUAUGGAUCACCAGAUCAUACCAAGUUUGUCGGCAGCUUCAAAACUAAACAGGAUUUCAAGGAUCUGAUUGAAGUCAUCUACAGGGGAGCCAUGCGGGGGAAAAUGAUUGUCCAGAGUCCCAUAGACCCCCAAAAUAUUCCCAAAUAUGAUCUUCUUUAUCAUGGAAUUUAGCAUGAGCAACUCCGCCAUUUGACUGUUGAUCUUUUACAUAUUCAAAAAAGUUGCUUUAUUUUCAGCCACUAAGCAACUGUCAGAAGUUUUUACAUUGCAGCUUGUUAGAAACCCAUAAUAAAGUGUUUCAGAUUAAGAGACUUUAAUAAAUAUGUACAUACAGACAAUACAGAACAGUUCAUUGCCCUUCGUGCCCUCUUGCUGUGUUUGAAGAUUGUGUGUACACAAGGGCGCUGUUUACUCAACCUUCUAGGGAACGCUUUUAGUGUCACGUCGCAGAGUUAACAGGUUCAGCAAAGACUGAAUUAAUGCAAAUUUUAUACUAAAGAUAUGACAGAUACAAUAAUAAUGAAUAGUAAUGAACUUUGUAAAACUUUGUUAUAGUUUGUGUUGUCAAAUUUAUUAACACAUUUUUUCCUCAUAAUUUUUCUCAUUAGUUUAUGUUUGA